AUGAGGUGGAGCAGAGGCCAUGUUCUUGGCCGGGGGUCCUCUGCCACCGUCUCCACCGCCACCUCCACCGCCACCGGAGAGGUUUUUGCAGUCAAAUCCGUUGUUUUAUCACAGUCGGAGACUUUGCAAAGAGAGCAAAAGUUUCUUUCCAUUUUGAGUAGUCCUUAUGUGGUAAACUACAAAGGGUACGACAUUACUAGAGAAGAAAACAAGAUAAUGUACAACUUACUAAUGGAGUACAUGUCAGGAGGUACUGUUAUCGAUGCAAUAAAAGUACAGAAUUGUGAUCGUUUGAAUGAAUUAGAGAUAUCGAACUACACAAGACAAAUUAUUCAAGGUUUGGAGUACCUUCAUUCGAAUGGAGUAGUGCAUUGUGAUAUCAAGGGUGCGAAUUUGUUGGUCGAUGAAAAUGGUGUCAAAAUUGCUGACUUUGGUUGCGCGAAGUGGGCUAGUGAAGGUGUGGCAGUUUGUGGGACGCCGGUGUUCAUGGCACCUGAAGUGGCGCGAGGGGAAGAACAGGGGUUUGCAGCCGAUAUAUGGGCUGUUGGAUGUGUCGUGAUUGAAAUGGCCACUGGUGGUUUACCAUGGACGAAUGAUUCGAAGGAGAGGUGGGGGGCGACGGAGCUUCUCAAACACCCGUUUCUCGAACAAUUCAAGCGUCACACAAAGGAAAUUACGGAUCGCGAUUUGCGAACAGGUUCACCAACCAGUAUACUAGAUCGAGACGUCUGGAAUUCAAUGGAGGAAUCGGCAUUAGUAGGUAGUGAUUUUAUCCGGCAAUCGUGUUCGUCGUACUCUUUGCGGCAAAGGAUCGAACAGUUGGCGGGGAACUCAGAAAAGGUAAAGUGGACAUGGAUGGUGGAGGAGGAGAUCGAUUGGAUGACAAUCAGAAGCAACGAAAGUAGUGGGCGGUGGCGGCGAUGA